AAGGCGGUGGCAAUGUAGCAUACACGGUGCUCCGGCACGAAGCAGAAGUAAUACCUGCAUACAUAAAAUAACACAGGAGCCACAAUAGAAUCACAAAUUACAGACGCUAAUCGUAAAAUCCUAAGGUUGUGUGCUCGAGUAAGUUGUUAAUCAUCAAUGAACCAAAAAGAGGUUGACGAAUCACGGCCCUCUCUCUUGAGGAAACACAAACACCUUGGCUUCUGUAUACACAUGACCAUGAUGAUAGUGACUCCGGUGAGUGUGAACAACUCCAGGCUUUUUACUCGCCCGGUGACUCGAAAUCCUACAUGAAAAGUAUCCCUGAAUUGUGUCACAAGGACGCAAUUGCUUUUUUUCAUGGCUGGUUAAUUCUACGCAAUCAGGAGGACUGGUGCAUCUAUUCUUUAUUCAACAUUACAACUUUACGGACCAUAACUCUUCCGCGGUUACCAACUGAUGAUGUGCCUGGAAGGUUGUCUGAGUGCUUUCUAACAUCAUCUCCUUAUCCUGCUACUGUUGAUGCUGAUGAUGAUAAUUGUAUGUUUUUAUUGGUCUUUAAUAGUGCUGGCCUGUUAUUUUUCUGCCGGCCUUGGGCUGAUACGUGUAGUUGGGUCGUACAAAGUGUUGAGCUUGAAGACGGGACGAAAGUACGUAUAUCAAACCUGGUUACUCUCAAUGGGGUUAUACAUGGUUCUUCCUAUGUAAAAGAUCCCGUGAGCCGUGAUAUAUUCUAUAUAGUCGACGAACUGAACACGCUGACCAUACGGCCCUUGCAGAUUGGUAUGCCGAAUACAGAUUCAGAGACGUUAUUUGAUUUUUUUAUUGAAUGUUUGCUUGAAUCUUGUGGCCGUAUAUACUGUGCAAAGAUACUUGAGCGUUCUAUCAAUAACUAUCGAGAAUUAAACAACAUUGUCGCUAUAAAGGCAUGGGAGCUGAAUUUAAUGGAAAAGAAUUGGAUGGAGUUGAAGAGUUUGAAUGGCAGAGCCUUUAUAUUGAAUCGUGAUGGUAGUACUUGGUGUUGGGGUAAUAAUACCAAAGUUGGUGGUAUUCAAGAGAAUUGCCUCUGCUUUACUUUUUCAAGUGAAAGAAACAACGAGCGAAAUUUUAUAGUUUCAACCAACCUAGUUGAUCAAACUUGGACCGUUGUUUCUCCCUCCCCAAACUUGGUAAGCCCUGACGAGUACGAUGACAGUCCUGUUUGGGUCGUCAUGCCAAGGUUACAAGCCAAGAACAUUCCAAACCAACAACGAACUCAAAUUGAUGAACACGAAGAUGACAAUAAUAUUAAUGAAGCAGCAGAGGAGGAGGACAGUAGUUGUUGCUGGUUUGAUAAGCUGCCAUUAGAUAUAAUAAGAUCGCUUCCAAAAUACAUGCAUUUGUUUGAGUACUGGAAGUUCCGCGCUAGCUGUAAGAUGUUUCAUACAGCACUCCCUGAACCUCGAUGGCGAACCAACAACGAGUUUCCCUUAUUCUUGUUCUUUAAGAAUGAAGUUGGAUUGUGCAAGUUGAUGGACCCGUGUCGAAGCGAUAUUAUAUGCUCCAAUACCCUAGUUCCAUUCUCUCAAGAUCGUUUUACCUUGAUAUUCUCUAAAAAUGGGUGGUUAAUUUGCUUAGUUGCUCAGUACCAUUUGAAAUUCUACAACCUCUUCACGGGGGUCACAGGAGUUUUUCCACCACUCUUCGAUGAAUGUGUGGUAUGUGCCAUCAGAAGCAUUGCAUUCUCAUCGGAUCCAACAAGCUCCGAUUGUUUGACGGUUGCAUUGUUGAAGUAUCCUGAGUUUUUGAGACUAUGUUACCUUCAAUCAGGGGAUGAGACAUGGGAAGAAUUUGAUUUUGACAUGGACGAUCAAGAUGUAGAAUUUCGGCCUACUGAAUGUGCUCCUACCUAUCUUGGGGGAGCAUUCUACUUCCCAGAUUGCUCGGGAAAUCUCGGUGUGUUUGAAAUAGUAAACGACGACGAACCAUGUUGGCAAGUUUAUGGUAUGCCGGACAAUGUGGAUGAUGAUUUCGAGUCGUGUCAUCUAGUCGAUUGUGAAGGAGAGCUCUACAUAGUAUUCGUCUACAGGAUUGAAAAAUGCCGGGUUCAAGUGUUUAGAUUCAACGGCACUAACAAGAGUUGGGUUGUAAUUGAUGAUAUAGGAAAUCAUAUUUUCUUUAUUAGCAAGACAUCGUGUUAUUCAAUAGUACCAAGUGAUCCUACGAUGAGAAACAGAAUCUACCUUCCGAAGAUAGUAGGGAAUAAUAUCGUCUUCUACUCUCUAAACACCAAGAUGUAUCACAUUCUAGGGAGUGGGGAUUCAAAGGAGAAUUUGUAUGGUACCAACCAACCGUUGAUGUGUUGCUGGAUUUAGCUAGUUGCGCUACAUAUGCUUGUUAAUUUGCUGCACUUUUAUUGAUUUAUUUAUUAUAAUUUUAUUUUGAUAGCCCUUGGAUUACAAGGAAGGGAAAUAAGGUGGCUCACUGCCUUGCAAAUUUCUCCAAAACCUUGUUCUAUCCAAAUCUUGGCAUGGUGCACCUUUUUACAUACUUUUUUCGCCCACAAUUAUGUGUAACAAAGGGGUAUUAUUUGUGAGAUAUGAAAUAUUCCUUUGUAACACAUAAUUAUGGGCGGAAGAAGUGUAUAAAAAAAAUCCACAAUUCUAUCCUAAACUUCUCUCUUUUUUUACAAACUUUCUAAUAUAAUACGAAGUAUAAUUUUUUUUUGAGAUUAUAUGGAGUACAAUUAUACGAGUAUUUAUCAACUU